AUGGCCGGUGACUCCAGUAAGACCGUGUCGGGUUUCCUGACGGACUUCAUGAUGGGUGGUGUUUCCGCCGCCAUCUCGAAGACCGCUGCUGCUCCGAUCGAGCGUGUGAAGCUCCUCAUCCAGAACCAGGAUGAGAUGAUCAAGCAGGGCCGUCUCUCGUCGCCCUACAAGGGUAUCGGUGACUGCUUCGUGCGUACCUACCAGCUCGAGGGUCUUGCCUCGCUCUGGCGUGGUAACACUGCCAACGUCAUCCGUUACUUCCCGACUCAGGCCCUGAACUUCGCCUUCAAGGACUACUUCAAGUCGCUCUUCAAGGUGCCCAAGAACGCUGAGUACUGGAAGAAGUUCAGCUCGAACAUUGCUUCGGGUGGUGCUGCCGGUGCCUCGUCGCUCGUCUUCGUCUACUCGCUCGACUACGCCCGUACCCGUCUUGCCAACGACGCCAAGUCGGUCUCGAAGGGUGGUGAGCGCCAGUUCAACGGUCUUAUCGACGUGUACCGCAAGACGAUUGCCGUGGACGGUAUCAUGGGUCUCUACCGUGGCUUCAUCCCGUCGGUUGUUGGUAUCGUUGUGUACCGUGGUCUGUACUUCGGUCUCUACGACUCGCUUAAGCCGAUUCUGCUCCCUGGCAAGCUCUCGGAGAACUUCCUUGCCUCGUUCUUGCUCGGUUGGGGUGUUACCACUAGCGCUGGUCUUGCUUCGUACCCGCUCGACACUAUCCGUCGUCGUAUGAUGAUGACCUCGGGUGGUGGUGUUGCUUACAAGAGCAUGUUCCACGCCGCUUCGUCGAUCAUUGCUUCCGAGGGUGUGUCGUCGCUCUUCAAGGGUGCCGGUGCCAACAUUCUCCGUGGUAUUGCUGCUGCCGGUACCAUCUCGGGUUACGACCACCUCCAGCAGAUCAUGUUCGGCAAGGUCUACAAGGGUGGUUCGGGUUAA